AUGACGCCGCCGUCCGGCUGCACCCCCCCCCCACCAGCCCCCCGAGCCGGGGUUCAGACCAAGAAGAACGCCAUCACCGACGACUACAAGGUCACAGCCCAGGUCCUGGGACUGGGCAUCAAUGGCAAAGUUUUGGAGUGUUUCAGCAAAAAGACUGGAGAUAAAUUCGCCCUAAAGAUGCUUCAGGAUUGCCCGAAAGCCCGGCGAGAGGUAGAUCUGCACUGGAGAGCAUCUGGCUGCACACACAUUGUACGAAUUAUAGACGUCUACGAAAAUCUCUACCAGAGUAAAAAGUGUCUACUUAUUGUAAUGGAAUGUAUGGAAGGAGGUGAACUGUUUAGCAGAAUCCAGGACCGAGGGGAUCAAGCAUUCACAGAAAGAGAGGCUUCUGAAAUCAUGAAGAACAUCGGAGAGGCCGUACAGCACCUCCACUCGGUGAACAUUGCCCAUCGAGAUGUCAAGCCCGAAAAUUUGUUGUACACGACGAAAAGGCCAAACGCUAUUUUGAAACUAACCGACUUCGGAUUUGCCAAAGAAACCACCAGCUACAACUCGUUAGCAACCCCUUGUUACACACCGUAUUACGUGGCUCCCGAAGUGCUUGGGCCUGAGAAGUACGACAAGUCAUGUGACAUGUGGUCCUUGGGCGUAAUAAUGUACAUUCUAUUGUGUGGGUAUCCCCCGUUUUAUUCGAACCACGGUCUGGCCAUCUCACCUGGAAUGAAGAAACGGAUCCGAAUGGGACAGUAUGAGUUCCCCAACCCGGAGUGGGUGGAAGUAUCCGAGGAAGCCAAAGAUCUGAUCCGACAUCUCCUAAAAACUGAGCCUACGCAACGCAUGACCAUCAACGAGUUCAUGAACCAACCGUGGAUCAUUCAAUCAACGCAGGUCCCACAGACACCCCUUCAUACCAGCAGAGUGCUGAAAGAAGAAAAAGAUCUGUGGGAGGAUGUAAAGGAGGAAAUGACCAGUGCCUUGGCAACCAUGAGGGUGGACUACGAACAAAUCAAAAUCAAAAAGAUCGAGGAGUCUUGCAACCCUCUGCUUAUGAAGAGGAGAAAAAAGGCAACAACCUCGAAUGCACCCAGCCACUGAAAUAAGAAACACAGAGUAAAGCGUGCAAAAGUCCUACCUUUUUUUUAAAAAAAAGAAAGAAGUCUUUUUAAAUGUCGCAUGAAUUUCAGAAAUUUUAAUCAAUUGGCUUUUUUUUUGGAUUUUUUUUAUUACUAUUAUUUUAUUUCAUUUUGAGCUGUUGUCCGGCAGCAAGCACCACACCCUGUGAUCAUUAUCUUGCGCGCUAGCCCGUUUUAUAAACCGAUGCUUAACAAGAAAAGGACAGAAUAAAUAAUGGGGAGAGGUCGGCUGGUGAUUUUCCUUUUUGUAUAACAAAAAAAAUCAAGUUUCAAAUUGCAUCUCGGUUAAAGAUUCCUUUCUAGACUUUUGGUUCCUGUGUAAACCUGGGUUCAGAGAUGUCUCGUGUGUAUCUUUUAGUAACUUCAGCUUUUUGCCCAGAACCUUUAGGUUAUUUUCUGAACCCGUUUUCAUUAAUUACCUGGGAUUUUAAUUGUUUUAGAGUUUUAAAGAAUUCUUUGUUAAAGUUGCUUUUUUUUAUAUAUAUAUA